AUGGCACCAGGAAACCAAACAAAAUUCACUGAAUUUAUCCUCCUGGGAUUUUCUGAGACACCAGAGCAACAAAGGACCAUCUUUGGGUUGUUCUUGGGCAUGUACUUGGUCACUGUAUUUGGAAACAUACUCAUAAUGUUGGCUGUUGGCUCUGAUUCUCACCUCCACACGCCCAUGUACUUUUUCCUUUCUAACCUGUCCUUUGUAGAUCUCUGUGUGGUAUCUACCACGGUACCCAAGAUGUUAGUAAGUAUCUUGACACAAAACAAGGCCAUCUCCUAUGCUGGCUGUCUUGCCCAGAUGUCCCUAUUUAUGUUUUUUGGUGGUUUGGACAAUUUCCUUCUCACUGCAAUGGCCUAUGACCGUUUUGUGGCUAUCUGUCACCCUCUGCGCUAUACAUCCAUCAUGAGUCCUGAGCUGUGCUGCCUGAUGGUGCUGCUCUCCUGGAUACUAAGUCUUCUCAACACCCUCCUUCACAGUCUGAUGGUGACAAGACUCUCCUUCUGUACAGUCCAUGAAAUCCAGCACUUCUAUUGUGAUCUUGAUAAAAUUCUAAAACUCUCGUCUUCUGACACCCUUAUCAAUUAUGUCUUGCUAUAUAUUGUAGCUGGUCUGCUUGGUGUUCUCCCCCUCACAGGGAUUCUCUUCUCAUACAGUCAGAUCUUUUCUUCCAUUUUAAAAGUCCCAUCUGCUGGGGGUAAGUACAAAGCCUUUUCUACCUGUGGAUCUCAUCUCUCUGUUGUUUCCUUAUUCUAUGGCACAGGGCUGGGAGUGUGUUUGAGCUCCUCAGUGACCCAGUCUUCCUGGAAGAGUACAGUUGCCUCAGCAAUGUAUGCUGUGGUCACCCCCAUGCUGAACCCCUUCAUCUAUUGUCUUAGGAACAAAGAUAUAAAAGGUGCCCUCACAGAGUUCUUCAGAGUUAAUUUCUAGAAAGCCAGAGGGACAUGGGGUUUGGCUGAACCUCUCUUCCUCUCCACACAUGCCUGAGGAUAUCACC